CUAGUUAUCUUUUCUUACGACAUAAUGUCGUUAUUUAUCAUUGAGCAUUUCUACAAAACAGUAAAGUAAUGAUGAUGUAAGAUAAUAUUCAUCAAAAAGUUUUACAAAUUAUUAUAAAGUGAUAAUCAAAGGAUAUAUAUAAAAUUGAAAUUGUUAUUUAAAAAUAAUAAAUAGCGAUUAUGUUGCCACCAACUUAUGUUGAAGGUUUCCAUGAUUUAGAAUCAGUUAAAUUAAUGGAAUAUAAAAAGCUGAAUAAUUUAUUAGUUAGUAAAUUGUCUUUUGGUGGUGGACCACUUGGUUGUCAUUAUGGCAAUUAUGAUGAAAAUGAAGCAAUUGAAACUAUACGACAAGCUAUAAAAGAAGGUGUAAAUUAUAUUGAUACAGCGCCAUGGUAUGGACAAGGGAAGUCAGAAAAAGUAAUCGGGAAGGCAUUAAAAGGAAUUCCUCGUCAAGCUUAUUACAUUGCAACAAAAGUUGGAAGAUACGAGUUAGAUUUUAAAAAUAUGUUUGAUUUUUCAAAAGAAAAAACAAGAGAUAGUUUUAAAAACAGUUUGAAUAAUUUAGGAUUAGAUUAUGUUGAUGUUAUUCAGGUUCAUGAUAUAGAAUUUGCUCCAUCGCUUGACAUAAUAAUUACACAAACUUUACCAGAACUAUCAAAGCAAGUUGCAGAAGGAAAAGCUAGAUAUAUUGGUAUUACUGGCUAUCCACUUUCUGUUCUAAAAGAAUGCAUAGAGCAAAGCAAUAUUAAUAUUGCAUGUGUGCUAACUUAUUCCAGAUUUACUUUACUAGAUGAUACUUUAAUGCAGUUCAUACCAUUUUUUAAGAAAUAUAACAUUGGUAUAAUUAAUGCGGCCUUACUUGCUAUGGGUCUUUUAACAAAUAAUGGUCCUCCAGAUUGGCAUCCUGCUAGUAAAGAAAUGAAAAAGAUUUGUAGUGAUGUUGCACAAUAUUGCAAGGAUAAUGAUGUAGAAAUAAGCAAAUUAGCUGUAUGGUAUGCUAUGCAAUGCGAAGAUAUAACUACAAACUUAAUUGGUAUUCAAAAUAUACAACAAUUAAGAAUGAAUUUCAACGUAUUAAGAAACGGCAUUACAGAAAAGGAAAAAGCAAUAUUAAAAAUAAUUCAAGAGAAAUAUCUAAAUCAGAUCAAAUGUAAACAUUGGGAAAACAAAGAAAUUGAAACAUACUGGCAGGCUAUGAAGAAGUAAAAAAUAUUUUUAUUUGUUUAUUAUAUGUACAUAUAUAUUUUAUAAUAAAUAAGAAAAUAGAAAAAAUAAAUCUAGAAAUACUACUUAUA